GUACCAGUCCAACACCCGCACGCGUACAGCACGCCGCCAGCUGCUGUCGCUUCUCGGCUUUCCUCGCGAGUCGAGGCUCGCGUCGCGUGGUCGGCCCCUCCGCCGGCCGUUCCCUACUUCCUUCGCCGCCAGUCGCCCGGAAAGAAGGCGCAUCCACCCUUCUCGCUGAGACAUUUCCAUCGAGCCACCCGCAGGCGGCGAAGGAAGGGAUUGCGCGGCGCGAUGGAGGGAGGCGGAGAGGAUACGGCGGCGGCCAUGGCGAUGGAGGUGGAGAUAGAGGCAGAGGCCGUCCUAUGCAUGGGGACAUCCUCGCCCGCGACGUCCAACUCCUCGUCUCCAAGCCCUAACAGCGGCAUCUCCUCGAGACGUUUGGGCCUCAAGAACAGCAUCCAGACCAACUUCGGCGACGACUACGUCUUCCAGAUAGCUUCUUGUCAGGAGAACUCUACGCUCGCGGUUUCCUUGUCAACAAAUGCACUAAAAUUAUAUUCUCCAGCAACUGGGCAAUUUUUGGGUGAAUGCACUGGACACAGCGGAUCAAUCCAUGAAAUUUCCUUUUCAGCCCCAUCAUCCCCACAAGUAAUCUGUUCUUGUUCUUCAGAUGGAACUAUAAGAGCUUGGGAUACAAGAAGCUUUAAGCAGAUAUCUUUGCUAAGGGGUUCUCAAGAAUUGUUCAGCUUCUCCUUUGGUGGAUCAAGUGGUAACCUACUUGCUGCCGGUUCUAAUUCCCAGGUUCUAUUGUGGGAUUGGAGAAAUUCUAAACAGCUAGCAUGCUUAGAGGAAUCUCACAUGGAUGAUGUGACUCAAGUAAAAUUUGCACCACAUCAGCAUAGCAAACUCAUUUCUGCAGCAGUUGAUGGAUUAAUAUGUGUUUUUGACACUGAUGGUGACAUGAACGAGGACAAUCAUUUGCUAUCUGUUAUGAAUGUGGAGACUUCUGUUGCAAAAGUGGGAUUUUUCGGCAACACAUACCAGAAGAUCUGGUGCUUGAGCCACAUUGAAACAUUAAGUACCUGGGACUGGAAUGAUGGGAGUAGAGAACUGAAUAUAGAUGAUGCUCGUUCCUUGGCAACUGAUAGGUGGAACCUUGACCAUGUGGACUAUUUUGUUGAUUGUCACUACUCUCUGCCCGACGACAAGUUAUGGGUGAUUGGCGGCACAACUGCAGGGACAAUAGGUUACUUCCCUGUAAGAGCUGGUCUUGAAGGGGCAAUAGGUUCCGCGGAAGCUAUCCUUGAAGGAGGCCAUACAGACGUUGUUAGAACCGUAUAUCCAGCCGCAAACACUCAUACUGGGCAAAACAGGGGCAUUUUUGGAUGGACAGGUGGCGAAGAUGGUCGUCUGUGUUGUUGGCGCUCUGGUGAAAUUGCUGAGAUGAACAAGUCUUGGAUCUCUAGUUCAUUAGUGUCAAGGGUUCAAAAGAAAGCUAAAUGCCGACAACAGCCAUACUAACUGAUGCGAUAUAUGUCCGACACAUAUGAUUAACAAAAUACAGCUGUUCUCCUAUAUUAGGAAGGUUGACAAUUGUUAAUCCGUAAUGUUUCCCUUGUAUGUGCUAUAUAGAUUAUUUUCGUUUCAAAUGAAGUAAUGGUUGUGUUUA